GAGCGUACGUACCCAAUUCACAACUGCUUUUCACCAACAAAAUUUCAUUAAUAAAUAAAGCCCCCAUCGAUCACCUGAAUCCUAACAUCCAUCCAUCCGAAGAUUGAUUGAUUCUCUGUCUACAAAGAAAAUCUUCAACUCCUCCGAUUUUGGAAUCAAAUCCCCAUCAGGGUUGAAGAGUAUUGGACCGACGACCUUCAUCUUCAACUCUCAAUCGACUUUUCUGAUAUGGAUCUUCCCUCCAACACCAUCCCGGUUGUCUCCACCCUCGCAUCCCCUUUUGAUAGCUCACCAACUUCUCAGGACAAUAAUGGCACUCGAAAGCCACUCAGUUUAUGGCCAGGGAUAUACCACUCUCCGGUAACAAAUGCCCUUUGGGAAGCUAGGUCCAAGAUCUUCGAGAGACUUCUCGACCCACCACUUGAUGCUCCUCCUCAGAGCCAGUUGCUUAUCAGGACCCCCUCCCAGAGUCGUACCACCAUCCUCUACAAUUUCUCAACCGAUUUCAUCCUCAGAGAGCAGUACAGGGAUCCUUGGAACGAGGUCAGAAUUGGGAAAUUGCUUGAAGAUCUUGAUGCUCUUGCCGGCACCAUAUCAGUAAAGCAUUGCUCCGAUGAUGACAGCACCACCAGGCCACUAUUGCUGGUUACUGCUUCUGUGGACAAGAUGGUGCUGAAGAAGCCAAUAAGUGUAGACAUUGAUCUGAAGUUGGUUGGUGCUGUUAUAUGGGUUGGACGUUCUUCAAUUGAGAUUCAACUCGAAGUUACUCAAUCUGCUGCUAAUGGUGCAGGGAGUUCUGUUGAUGAAGAGGAUUCGGUAGCACUUAGAGGCAACUUCAUAUUCGUUGCCCGCGACUCUAAGACAGGAAAAGCUGCCCCUGUUAACCGACUGAGUCCUGAAACAGAGAAGGAAAAGGGGUUAUACGAAAAAGCAGAAGAAAGGAAUGCGAAUAGGAAAAGAAAGAGGGAUGUUGUGAUAAAGGAGAUUGCGAAUGGUGGGAAGGGAGUGAGCAGCAGGCUAGAAGCUCUGUUGGCUGAGGGGCGAAUUUUCUGCGACAUGCCUGCUUUAGCCGAUAGAGAUAGCAUCCUUUUGAGGGAUACCCGUCUUGAGAACUCACUGAUAUGCCAGCCUCAACAAAGGAACUUACACGGUCGGAUCUUUGGAGGGUUUCUGAUGCAAAGAGCAUUUGAGUUGGCUUUCUCAACUGCUUAUGCUUUUGCCGGGGUUAUGCCAUGCUUUCUAGAAGUAGACCGUGUUGAUUUCUUGAGACCUGUGGAUGUUGGAGAUUUCUUGCGGUUCAAGGCAUGUGUGUUGUAUACUGAAGCUGAGAACAGUGAUGAACCGAUUAUUAAUGUUGAGGUUGUGGCUCACGUUACAAGGCCCGAACUGAGGUCUAGUGAGGUAUCAAAUAAGUUUUACUUCAAAUUCACAGUAAGUCAGGAAGUGAAAGCGACGAAAGAUGGGUUUAGAAUCAGGAAAGUGGUGCCCGCGACAGAGGAGGAAGCUCGGAGAAUCCUAGAACACAUCGAUGCUGCUUAAUUAGUUACUACUUACUACUACAAAUGGAUAUGCAUAUUCAUUGAUAAUGUUGUCUGAAUACUAUUAUUAUUGAACUAUAUAUAUAUAUAGUCUAUAUCUAGUGCAUAGAGCACAAUUGAAGGAGAUUGUAGUGUACUUAACUACAUAACAUUUGAUCCAUUUUAAUAUAAUCAAAUUUGAGAAAGGAAACAAUUCU